AUGGCCAAGCGUUUUGAAAUGUCGAGGAACACGAUUAAUGACAGUCUGGACAAGCUGAUCGACAAUAGUCCCAUGAUGGUUAGAGUUGGUGCAAAUGCUGGCGAGGCGCGCCCUCACGCCACUGUUGGUGCUAGUGCACCGCCGCAGAUCCUCAAACAGGGUCUCAUCACUUGGUGGCGAUACCUGAAACGCUUGAUGUGCGACAGGAAUAAAUCCGCCGAUGUUUGCAUUAGCCCGGCUGGGCAAGGCUUCAAGUAG